UAAGAGUAUUUAAGCAAUUAAUCUCUCUUGUCAACGGGAUAUUUGAAUAUCGAACUGAAACUAACUAAAUAGCUCCUAUGUCGGUCAUUCCUCUACUUGUUUUCAACGUCGAAGUUUAGCAUUGCAAGAUAACACUCGUGUGUUACCCAUAAUCCAUCAAAAAGCCAAUUUCAAGAGUGAGCCAAAAACAAAGAAUAUUUCAAUAAUGUUGCGAUCCAGUAGCAAAGAGAAAGAACCGUUACGCAUAACAAUUGGCACUCCGAAUCAGCAAAAGAGAUUGCCCUUCAACCGCGUACGAACGACCAAGUACACCUGGUUAACCUUUAUUCCCUUGAACUUUUACGAACAGUUCCGACGCGCCGUCUACUUUUACUUUCUGCUAAUUACUAUUAUAUCAUUCUUCGUUAAUGAUACUAUAUCUCCACUAACAUCGCUGCUACCGCUGUUGUUCGUUAUGAUAGUGACCGCACUGAAGGAAGGUAUCGAGGAUUAUUGGCGGUCACAAAAUGAUAAGAUUGUUAAUACAGCCAAAGUAGCCGUUAUACGCAAUGGAAAGGAACAGUGUAUAGAUUCGGAAUACGUUGUACCAGGCGAUCUUGUGGUAGUGACUAGUACGACUUAUGUUCCAUGCGAUCUGGUAUUGCUUCACUCGUCUUCAGCAGAGAACAUGUGCUUUGUCAACACGGCGAACUUGGAUGGCGAAACGAAUCUGAAGCCGAUCUUUGCUCCAACUAACUACACUUACAAUGUGAACGACGAUGUUAAGCACUUAGGUUGUAUCGUCUGUGAGCCCUCAACGCCAGAUCUCUACAAGUUCAAUGGACGCAUAGAAGCGAAUGCAGAUGGUGAAGAUAAGCCAGAAUCUAUACCAUUAACAAUCGAAAAUAUCCUAUUGCGUGGUGUACGCAUUCGUGGGCCAGAGCGUGUUGUCGGCUGUGCCAUUUACACAGGAAUGCUCACAAAACUUCAAUUGAACAGCCGCUAUACUGGCAACAAAUCAGCGUCCAGUGAGCUCUACAUCAACAAAUUCAUUAUAGCUCUGAUUGUAGGAAUGGUAGUUGUUGUCUUUAUACUCUACCUUUUCGAACGGCAAAAAUCAGCCGAAGUUUAUCCAACUCUAUACUAUUUGGGACCCCCUAUUAACUAUAAUGCGAUCUGGCAAAUCUUUGAAGAUUUUCUGUCAUUUCUGAUUUUAUUCAACUAUAUGGUGCCGAUUUCAAUGUAUAUGAAUAUCGAAUUAUAUCGAGUUUUUGGCGCUCUAUUUAUGAGAUCCGAUUUGAAUUUAUACGAUGAGGAGACCAAUCAACCGUGUGGAGUGAAUGCAUCCAAUUUGAAUGAAGAUCUGGGUCAGAUAAACAUAUUAUUUUCAGAUAAAACUGGAACUCUCACCAAAAAUCAAAUGUUGUUUCUCAAGUGCUACGUAAAUGGACAUAACUACCUUCUACAAAACAACCAACUAUAUUGCCCCAAUACAGACGAGAGCUACGAACUUUGCGCAACAGAUACCAAUGUGAAUAACUUUUUUGAGGCGUUGGCCCUGUGUCAUACAGUGGAAGUUAUAACUAGCUCUGAUGAUAACUCAACCGAAACUCCAUCGAAUCAAGAGAGCCUGAUAACUUCAGACAUUAUUGACAGAUAUCAAGCAUCUAGUCCAGAUGAAAAGGCCAUACUUGAGGGAUGCGCUAAAUUGGGAUUGAUUUUCCAGGGUACCAACUGCAACUCUAUGUAUCUCACCCGAAUAUUCGGCGGUCGAAAUUAUGGCGUCGCACACUACGAACGCCUUCAUGUGCUCGAGUUUAGCUCGGAGAGGAAACGCAUGAGCAUUAUUGUUCGGGAUGAGAUGGGUAUUAUCUGGCUAUAUAGUAAAGGCGCUGAAGCUGCCAUACUGCCACGCUGCAAGCCAACAUUUUCCACUGCCCUAACGGAUGCCCAAAUAGUGGACUAUGCCAAGGAGGGUCUUAGGACCCUAGCCGUUGCCAAACGACGCCUAACUGAAGAGGAAUAUGCCAGAUUCGUUACAUCAUGUAAAGAUAUCAACAUUCAAAUCACAGAUCGAAAUAAACUUCUUGCAGCAUGUUACGAGACAAUCGAAGUGGAUUACGAUCUGCUUGGCGCUACAGCAUUGGAGGAUGCACUUCAGGACGAUGUUGACAAAACAUUAAUUUCCCUGCAAGAAGCAGGCCUGAAGAUUUGGGUCCUUACGGGGGAUAAAGUGGAAACAGCAUUCUCCAUUGGCAUGGCCUGUAAACAUAUACCGCAAAUAGCCAAUGUGCACUUCCUUAUCAACAUAACCGAGCGUGAAGAGCUGCAAAACCGUUUGAAUCAGAUCGAACUUGACAUUGCAUCGCUUAUAUCGAAACCCACGUGUCUGGUCAUUGAUGGUAUAACGGUAUCUGUACUAUUGCUGAAGCUGCCGGAACAAUUCGCUGAUGUGGCACUCAAAUGCAAGGCCGUGCUAUGCUGUCGUCUGAGUCCCCUACAGAAGAGCGAAAUAGUUUUGCUUAUAAAGAAGUCGGGCAAGCAUAUUACAGCAGCCGUUGGCGAUGGGGCCAAUGAUGUGUCCAUGAUCCAAGAAGCCCACAUUGGCAUUGGCAUAUCCGGUGUAGAGGGCAAACAGGCAGCCCGUAGUGCUGAUUAUGCCAUUGCCAAGUUCUUUAUGCUGCAGCGUCUGCUGCUAGUGCAUGGUCAUUACAACAAUGAACGAUUGGCGUUUAUGGUGCUUUUCUACUGCUAUAAGAAUAUAAUUAUCACUGGUUGCAUGGCACUUUUUCAAGUAUACGACUUGUAUUCGGCGACGUCUGUCUAUAACGAACUGUUCUUAUGGCUAUUUGAUAUUAUUUACAUAUCCUUCAGCUUUACAUAUUUGGCCAUUUCCGACAAGCAUUACAGUGAGAGCACAUUGCUAAGAUUCCCGACUUUGUACAAAGGAAUUGCCCACAACAAGCUGGCCUCAUGGAAAGCAUUUGUAAUAUGGAUUCUAAAUGGUGUCUUUCAAACUCUCACUAUUUUCUUCUUUGCCUAUGCUGUUUUAUAUGACUGUAAUGUCGUCUUUAAACAGGGACAAACUGCAGAUUUUUCAACUUUUGGAACUAUGCUUAUAAUGGUACUCGUGAUUGUUGGUAAUUUGAAGGUAUUGCUAGUUUCACACUACAUGAGUUACCUUAACUUUGCGUUUAUUAUUGCAUCGAUUUUUGCAUUUAUAUUAAGCACUUACCUUUACAAUUUGGAUAGUAGCAGUACCUUAUACCAUGUGUACAAUAUGUUUUUGACUUCGCCUUCCAUGUGGCUAUAUAUUAUUAUUUGUACAGUGGCAUGCUUGUUGCCUGACUUUGUAAUGAGAGCUAUUAACGACAUGUUCUUAGAUCGCUCCAAGUCAAAAUAGAUUAGUAAUUUUUAAAUCGUGGUUUCCC